CUGUCUAAGAUUGUUUCAUGUUCGUCACAGAGUUGGACGGUUGGCCCCACGGCCUAGACCUAGAAAAAAAAUUUAUGAUGACCCAACUCCCAUCCAAUCCACCAAUACCUCGAUCUUGGUCCCAAAAUAAACAGUACAUUUCCGCCAGCCUGGCCUGAGAUGGCCUGUGAUUGUGGUGAAUUUGGGCUGGAGUAUUCAUGUGUUUGACCCUGUUUUAUCACUAUUCAAUAAUUUGUGUUCAAGGAUUACUUUAAGACCCCGUUUCAGAGAAGCUCCCCGCCUCGCACGACCAUCUCCCCCUCUCUCUCCCUGGCAGUAGGAUCCGCACGGAUUUCUAGGCCAGGACUGUGGAACAACAGUUUACAGAAUGAUGUGACAUUUUUCUGACUGAAUAGUGUGAAAAAGGAAUUAUCAGCAGUUUGAGUUGGCCUCAAUCUGCGCGAUAUGGGAGGACUUCAGUUUUCAAUUCUGUCAUCAUUCUGAUGUCUCUGUUACACAAGUGACCUUGCGAUUUAUCUUAAAACCUUCCAAGAAGUGUCACGGAACUGGAAUAACACACAGUUAAAAAAAAAAAAAUUUUUCACGGACUUCAUUUUGGAGAUCAGAUCUAAAGGUUGAACAUAUUUUUGUUUUGUUGUAGAGUUAUAAGUUUAUAAGUUUUUACUAUUUUCCUUUCUGCGUUGGAUAUCUGAUUGUGUUUGAGGUCUGAGGAUUGUGUGUGAUGGUGUGUGUCCGUUGCCACAAAAGUAAAACUGAGAACAACAAAACAUGUUGGAUGGACUAGCGGCUGUGUCACGGAGAUAACUCGAUUAAAUAUGGAUACUCUCUUAUCCUCCCAUAGAUGGCUUCUCACGGUGGUCGCCAUCGUGCUUCUG